AUGGCCACCCAAUCGCCGCCCCGGCCUCCCACUCCCACUGCCACCGACGAAAACCAAGGUUCUGAAGUUGUGCAACCAGCAGGCAUGGAUCAGCAAAAUGCCGGAGAAGAAGAGCCCGCCAAACUGAAUUCAACUCAGUCAGUAUUUGUAAACUCACAACCAUUGAGGGAAGAACAAGUUCAGAAUGCUAUGAAAUUUUUGUCUCACCCAAAAGUUAGAGGUUCACCUGUCAUCUAUAGGCGAUCAUUUCUAGAGAAGAAGGGCCUUACAAAGGAGGAGAUUGAUGAAGCCUUUCGGCGUGUGCCAGAUUCAGCUCCAACUGUGCAGACAGCUGGUGUAAAUCAAGAUGGGCAAUUUAAAUCAUCAUCAAACAGUCAGCAACAAACUCAACAACAAACUUUGCAGCCGGGUUUACCUGCUUCUACUGGUGUUAAUACUUCAUCAGGAACCUUGUUGCGCUCCAGAUUUCACUGGUCUCAUGCCCUUAUUGCAGUUGGAUUACUGGCUGCUUCAGGUGCUGGAACAGCUAUAAUAAUUAAGAAAUCUAUUCUCCCUCAGUUAAAAUCUUGGAUACGUAAGGUUGUCCUUGACAAUGAUGAUGAACAAUUAAAGAAAACUGAUGACAAACCAACAUUGAUGGAAGAGGCUGCACAAGCUGCAAAAUCAGCUGCAGCUGCGGCUGCCGAAGUAGCAAAAGCAAGCCAAGUGCUGCUGGCUUCAAAAGGUGAAGAGAGGAGAUACUUUGUGGAAGUUGUUAGCCUUUUAGACAAACAAGUACAAGAAAUGAAGUCAAUGACAAAUGCCAUAAGAAGAUUGGAAGGGCAAGAAGAUCUUCGAAUCAGUCAAUCAAGUUCAAAGCAACUGAUUGUGAAUGGCAAAGUGGACUAUGACUUGCGUUCAGUGAGAUCUUCAUCCCCACCUGCAUCUGUUGAACCAUCAAGUGGUCUUCACCCAAAGUCAUAUAUGGAGAUAAUGGCCAUGGUUCAAAGAGGAGAGAAGCCUUCCAAUAUUAGACCUUGGGAGGUUGAUCAGGUGCAAAGCACGUCUACUCAGAUGCUUCAGUCUGAAGUAAAUGGUGAAGAUUUGAAUACCAAGACCCAGGAUACGUCUCUAGUAAAUGGGGACGAGCCAUUGCCCUGGUGGCAGAGGAAAAAUGUCAGAAUCAGAGAGAUUGACAACGAAAAUGAGUCCAAUGGAGUACCUUAUUCUGCUGCAUCCAGUCAGCAGCCAGUCCAACAGCCAGUUCAACGUGUAUGGGUUCCUCCUCAACCUCCACCCAUAGUUAUGCCGGAGGCUGCAGAAGCAAUCAGACGCCCAAAACCGGUUGCCCAAAAGGAACAGAUGCCAGAUAAUCAGUCAGUGGCUCAUUCUUCUGACAGCUCUGAUGACGUGCAUAGUGUCUCAAAACCAUUGGAAUCUGAAGGUGCAGUAGAGGGCAGCAGUGUCAGCUCAGUUCCCAGCUCUAGUGAGAUACAAGAGGAACAUGAAGUCAAAUAUGAUGAGCAAUGA